UCCAGUUCCAGAGCUGCAGCAUUGGGUGAGAGACAAGGAGAAGCCAAUCAGGAAGUGCGCCGGCCGGCCUCACGCCAUGGCUUGUCACGUGAAGGCCAUUGUGUUUGGCGCCGCCGUCCUGGCAGCAUUUGUUCUCGCGACUGAGGGCCGCGCUGCUCGGAAGGACCUGGGGCUGGGCCUCGACCUCGGCGGCGGCGGCGGCCUCGGGGUCGGCACGGGCGGCGGUCUGGGAGUCGGCACCGGUGGUGGCGUGGGCAUCGGCUCAGGAAUCGGUGUCGGCAUUGGCGGUGGCGGUGGCGGCUCUGGCUCUGGCUCCGGGUCAGGGUCCGGGUCUUACUCAGGCUCAGGCUCAGGCUCCGGGUCUGGGUCUUGGUCUGGCUCAGGCUCAAGGUCGGGCUCUGGCUCGUCAUCGGCAGGGUCAAGUGCAGGCUCGUACGCCGAGUCGGGCGCGGGCUCGAACGCAGGGCCAGGCGACGCAGGGUCGUACGCCGGUUCACGGGCUGGCUCCUACGCGGGCUCCAACGCCGGGAACGGAGGCUCCGGCGCUGGCUCGUACGCCGGCUCUGAGGCUGGCUCGUACGCAGGGUCCGGUGCUGGCCCACAUGGUGGGUCCGGGGCCGGCUCGUACGCGGGGUCCAGGGCUGGCUCCUACGCUGGCAGCGGGCAUGGCAAGUGAAGUGAGCGUCCGCUGCAUACGCGUCCGUGCCACUCUACCAAAGCGAUAUAUUGUGAGUUGGUGUGUGUUUAAAAUGGAUCGCCUCCAUGCGGUUGUAUAAAAAUAAAAUAAGUGUAGGCGGCGAACGAUGAAUAAGGUGGCAUGUGUAAUAGUGUGUAUAAUUUGCACCCAUGAAUAAUUCAACACAUAUAUGAAGUAAUGAAGAUUGAUUUGGUAUAUGAAGGAUAACAUCAAUUCAAGA